AUGAGCAAUGGGUCACUUGCCGAUGUACUCUUUAAAGCCGAAAACCAAGCCAGUUGGGAUGUGAAAAUGGGAAUAGCUCGGAAUGUUGCCAGAGGCCUUCUUUAUCUACAUGAAGAGUGUGAGACGAUCAUUCAUUGUGACAUAAAGCCUCAGAACAUAUUGAUAGAUGACUACAUGCAAGCGAAGAUUUCUGAUUUUGGGCUGUCGAAGCUGCUGAAGCCAGAACAGACCAAUACCACAACAGGAAUACGGGGAACAAGGGGGUACGUUGCGCCGGAGUGGCACAAGAAACUGCCAGUGACUGUGAAAGCGGACAUUUCCAGCUUUGGAGUUGUGCUGCUGGAGAUCAUCUGUGGCCGAAGGAAUGUGGAUAGGACCCUUCCUGAGGAGGAAGUCGUUCUCGAGGAAUGGGUUUACUCCUGCUUCCUGGCUGGCAAGCUGGAUAAGCUGGUGGAUUAUCAAACUAUGGACAAAAAGCAAUUGGAGAGGAUGGUUAAAGUCGCACUUUGGUGUAUCCUAGAGGAGCCAUCGCUUCGUCCUUCAAUGAGAAAGGUGCUGCUGAUGCUUGAAGGCACGGUCGACGUUCCAAUCCCUCCUUGUCCUACUUCCUUCCUUAGUGUCAUCUGAAUUUUCUUAGGAAAUGCACUUUAUCACCACCAAAAGCUGCUCGGGUCAGAAAUAAAUUAAGUUAUUUAUACUAUAAGCAUUUCAAGUAUCUCUAGGUUCAUCCAUCAGUGCGCAUUGGUCCUAUAAAAUUCUUCCUUCUUACAGGAAGUAAAAGAACUCCGAGUUCAUUUCAACAA